AUGUCAAUCACAUUAGGUGCUGUAAUUUGGUCAUCGGUGAAGCCUAUUAUCAAGAUCUAUCUUAUCAUUGGUUCCGGUUUCCUGUUGGCCCGGAUGGGUAUAUUGACUGUGGAGGCCACCAAAUCUAUUUCUAAUAUAGUGCUGACUUUGCUGCUGCCGUGCCUUUCAUUUAACAAAAUUGUGGCCAACAUUGAAGACCAGGACAUCAAGAUGGUUGGUAUUAUAUGCUUGUCCUCUGUACUAAUUUUUGGCACUGGUUUGUUCUUUGCCUGGGUAAUAAGCAAGACAAUGCCGGUCCCUAAAGAGUGGAAAGGUGGUAUACUGGCGGGCGGCAUGUUUCCCAAUAUUAGUGACUUGCCAAUUGCUUAUCUACAAACUAUGGAUCAAGGGUUCAUAUUCAGUGAAGAAGAAGGUGAGAAAGGUGUUGCCAACGUUAUUAUUUUCUUGGCAAUGUUUUUAAUCUGUGUGUUUAACCUCGGUGGCUUCAGAUUGAUCGAAAGCGAUUUCAAGUACAAUGAUGUGGAAAAUGCAAUCACAGAAAGUGAGUCGACUAUUACGAACGACAGUAACGAAACCUCCACAUCAGUCUCAUAUACAUCCAAUAUACAUACUGAGAAGCAAAGCUUAGACAAAGCGAGAGAUAAUACAAAUGAGAAAUCUAAUGAUUCCGAUAGAUCAAAGAAUAAUUCUGAGUCAGACCUUGAGAACGAAUCGCUAGACUCAUCCUCUGCGGCAGGCGAUUUAUCCUUGAGAACUACUUCGACCUCUGAUGAUAUAGACGAUAUCAAUAGAAGUCAAGGAAAGUCUGCAACUAGAAGAAGAAAUCAUACACCUAUGCCUUUGAGGGAGAAGAAUCCAAGAACCAUUUCUAGAGUUACAUUACCUUUGCAACAUACCAGGAGAAAUUCAGUAACAGCUUCUAUCAGAUCUACCAAAUCAUUACAGGCACAAGAUAUGAAUGAUUUGAUUCAAAUUUACUCCAAUGUUGAUCAAUAUGGUAAUGAUAUUAAUGCGGAUCAGUCACAAAACCUUGGUUCACUGGGGAAUGCGAACACUGGUAAAGUAAUAACAACAGAGAACAAAACAAAUGCGGCCCGUACUGUCCUUGAUAGAAUCAGAGGCUCUAAUCUAACUAGAAUUCUAACUUCAGAUGCUACUGUUUCUAGGAAAGAUAUUGAAGAAUCAGGUAAAUCUCUGCCAAAAUGGCUACAUAAGAAACUACCAAUUACAAAAUUCAUUGUCUUCUUUUUAAAGAACUGUUUGAGGCCAUGUUCUAUGGCUGUCAUAGUGGCACUUACUAUUGCAUUUAUUCCUUGGGUCAAAGCUUUGUUUGUUACUACUAAGCAUACUCCACACAUAAGACAAGCACCAGAUCGCCAACCUGCUUUGAGCUUUAUCAUGGAUUUUACAGCAUAUGUCGGAGCUGCAUCAGUUCCUUUCGGUUUGAUUUUAUUGGGUGCUACAUUAGGCCGUUUAAAAAUAGGUAAAUUAUACCCAGGAUUCUGGAGGUCGGCGGUAGUAUUGGUUUUUUUAAGGCAAUGUAUUAUGCCGAUUUUUGGCGUUUUAUGGUGUGAUCGUCUAGUAAAGGCAGGCUGGGUGUCUUGGGAGAAAGAUAAAAUGUUGCUAUUUGUCAUUGCAAUAAGCUGGGCACUGCCAACAAUGACUACUCUUAUAUAUUUUACUGCUAGCUACACCCCUCCUGAACUUUUGGAGCCUAUCCAAAUGCAAUGUGUAUCUUUCUUCCUGAUGAUUCAAUAUCCACUUAUGGUAGUGAGUCUACCAUUUUUGGUGUCUUAUUUCCUGAAGGUACAGAUGAAGGUAUAA